AUGUCAGCAAAAACAGAAGGCACUUUUAAUUGCAAACACAUAAGCGAUAACGGAGCUAUCGGCCCAUGGGAAUCAAAAUAUUUAAUUUUAACAGAAUACGACUUUAAAGUUAAAGAGAAUGCAGACGACACUAUAACCAGAAGUAUUAUCAAUCUUUGUGAUGUGGUCGAAGUAGGAAGAGAUGAAAGCGACGCCCCACCAAAAUCAGUAGAAGAUUUAGAACAAGAAAACAAUAGUGAUGUAGAGUUGGGAUCGCCUAAAUUUCUUUUAAAAAUGAAAACACGUUAUAAUACCGGGUGGAUCAUCGAAAUGGAAAGUGAACAGAUCUUUGAUGAAUGGUCAUCGGUAAUGGAAAGAAAGAAGGGUGUUUUAAGAGAAUCUGACAUCAACCCACCUCCACCACCACCAGUAAGAGGUCAAAAAGAUUAUAAAAGUGACUAUACACUCAGAGACUUUUUCGAUAAUAGACGAAUGAUGGGUGAAAUGUGGAUGGUUUAUGCUUUUAUUGCUUACACUAUUCUUUUAUCUAUAUUGUUUGCUUUACUAUGGACCCUUUAUGUAUUACCAGAAAAGAAUAUUGUCGAAAUACCAACAACAUGUCAUAUUAUCUCAUCAGAAGCCGAAUAUGUUUGGAAAAGAAAUUAUAAUUUAAAUAUUUAUGUUAGUUAUAAUACAACUGAAGGUGAACUAACAAAUAAAAUGGUACAAUAUUGCAGUGGUACCAGUUGCCCAAGUAAAAUGGUUGAAAAAUAUCCAGUUGGUUCUGAUAAAGAGUGCCAUUACGAUGAAGCCAAUCCAAAUUAUGUUUUCUUUGAUCUCAGUCAAAUGGUUAGAAAGAGAUACACAAUUACAUUUGGUCUUUGUGGUGGUUUAUUUGGUCCAUGGAUCAUUUGUGUUGUUGUAAUGUUGAUAACUCGUUGGAAAACCUUUUCAAAAAUGAUGAAAAAUACUUUUUGUUCUUGUUAA